AUGCACACUCAAAUAUAUCCCCUCUUUAUCCAAGCUGGUAGUGAUGGGGAAAGUAUUGGAAACUGUCCAUUUUCUCAGCGACUCUUCAUGAUUCUCUGGUUAAAGGGUGUUAUUUUUAAUGUGACAACUGUGGAUUUGAAACGGAAGCCUGCUGACUUACAGAAGUUAGCUCCAGGAACAAACCCUCCUUUUAUGACUUUUGAUGGUGAAGUGAAAAUAGAUGUGAAUAAAAUUGAGGAGUUUCUAGAAGAAAAAUUAGCACCACCAAGAUAUCCUAAACUUGCACCAAACCAUCUGGAAUCUUACUCUGCAGGGAAUGAUGUGUUUGCUAAAUUUUCUGCAUUCAUAAAAAACACAAGGAAAGAUGCCAAUGAAAAUUUGGAAAAAACAUUGCUUAAGGCUUUAAGAAAACUGAAUAACUACUUAAAUACCCCCUUGCCUGAAGAAAUCGAUGCCUAUAGCACUGAAGAACUCCCUGUUUCCUCAAGGAAAUUCUUAGAUGGUGAUGAACUCACAUUAGCCGACUGCAAUCUCUUGCCAAAACUCCAUAUCAUAAAGGUUGUGGCAAAAAAAUAUAGGAAUUUUGAAUUUCCAUUGGAAAUGACCGGAAUCUGGAGGUAUCUGAACAAUGCAUACGCCAGAGAGGAGUUCACAAAUACUUGUCCUGCAGAUCGGGAGAUAGAAUUUGCCUAUUUGGAUGUUGCAAAAAGAAUGAAAUAA